AUGAAACUUAUAGUUUGCAAUGAACUUCAAAGUAUAGAUACAACAAAAGUUUUAAACUCAGAUGCUUUGAAGAGUCUUAUAACAGACAAAGUUGGAGUUGUUGAAAGAAAGUAUAAAGACCAAAGAGUUUGUGAAAAUGUUGCAAACUUCAUUAUGGUUUCAAACAAUGCUGUUCCGAUGAAGUUAGAAAGUUCUGACAGAAGAUAUGUAGUUGUCAGAACGUCAGAUUCUCAUAUGCAAGAUACAGAAUAUUUUGACGACUUAGCAGAAACUUUGACAUCUGACUUUUACAACCACUUGUUCUCAUAUUUUAUGACAUUAGAUAUUUCAAAGUUCAAUCCAAGACAAAUUCCACAUACCGAAGAGAGACAAACAUUGUUAGAAGCAAACAAGAGUGUAUAUGAACUGUUCAUAGAUGAAACUGACUUUGAGUGUUUAGAUGAAAGGUCAUUGUACGAUUCGUAUAAACAAUAUUGUCAAGAAUAUGGUUAUAUGACAGCGUCUAAACGAACAUUCUUGGCAAAUGUCAAAAGUCUUUUAGAUGUUCAGAAUGGUGUAUAUACAAAGAAAAAUUUUUCUGAGUAA